AUACUUCUCGGAAACCUUUAGCAAAUAAGGGGAAAGGAAGAUAGAAGUUUUUGUAUUUUGUUUUGAAUAUUAGUAAUAGUAUUCCUAUCUCCUUCUUUGUUAAAUUUCUUUCAAGUUCUCAAACUUCCUUUCCCCUUCCUUAGAAAUAAUGAAGAACCUAUCCCUCUACAAUCCAAAACUGACCCAAUAAAUAAGCAGCAUGACCAGAAGAAACCGAGGUUAAAUGUUAGGAAAAAGAAACAGUUAAAAAAGCUGGAGGAGAUCGCUGAAAAACAUAAAGAAAGGAGUGAAAAAAUAAUAGCCGACCAGAAAUGUAUUAAAGAAAAAAUAGCAGCAUCAAAAAGUCAAAUUCCAAUUCGCAACCAACAAAAAACACAGAUUACCAAUUGUGACGAUUUAUUAAAACAGGAGCUAAACACCGAGGAAGAGGAAGUUUCCGUCGCGAAAUUAAAACCAAAGUCAAAUGAUUCGAAGAAGAAAUCGAUUUCUUCAAAGUCAAGCAGACAAAAAGAUAAUGUCAAAAAAGAAACGGUGAAAAAGUUGAAAGAGAGUACCAUGAGCUUAGACAGUCUUGAAGAUUGUCCACCGAAAUCAGAUAGAGAACAGAAAAGUCAAUCAAUUGGUAUUAAUACGGAACUUCUUUGCCCAUGUGUGCCUUGCGUUAUCCAUGACACAUCAUCACAUAAAACAAAAUCUAAGAAAAGAAUCUCUUCUACGACAAAUAAAACGCGAGUUGAUAAAACAGAUGAACUUUUAGAAAAUACUAUAACGGUGUCUUCCCCAAGUGUAGAAUUAUUGUUUAAAAAUCUUACCAUGGUUAGUUCUUGUGACAUAAGUACAGAUUUGCGAGAACAGAAUGAUCAUGAUGACAUUGUACACAAUCUAUCAGAAAAUUCCAUUCCAAACUAUUCAACCGAAAGUAAAGAUUUGUGUAAUAAUCCGUCUUAUGAAGUUAAUGUUCCAGAGAAACAUGACUUAGAAUAUGAAGUAGAUUCUUUAACAGAAUGUGAUAACGUUAAAGAGCCAACUCAGACGGAAAAUUACGACCUCUCAGGUGAAAUAUUUGAAGAGAACUACGAACGGGAUCUUAGCGAAGACAGCUUUGAAUGUGACAAUAAAAAAGAAAUUGAAAUUAAAGAAGAUGAAAAUGAAAGUAAUUUAGUAAGCCGUCAUGGCAGCGGUGACACAUAUACUAAAUUCAUGGAUAAUCCAGCAGACUUGGAAGAGUUUCUUACGUUAACUGACAACAUGAUGACGUGUGAAACGAAAUGUCAAGAAGAAUUUUCAAAAACCAUAGAAGAUCUCCAUACACCGAAAACAAAUUCCAUCGAAUCUAUAUGUUUGAAAAAUAAUGAUAAUAUUCCCAUGAAACAUAAUUUCUCGGAGUCGUUUGAAGAAUUAAAAAACAAUUUCAAAGAUUUAUUACAAGAAGCGCAAGAGUUCCCGCCGAGUAAUUCAGAGGAGGGCAGGAAAGUCUCAGAUCUCGAACACAUAACAGUGUAUGAAUUAAAGUUUUACGAACAAGAAGAAAAUACAAAAGAUGUUCCAAUUGAACCGGAUAAAAAAAUCAAACUCCCCUCGAUCGCCGAGAACAAUAAAGGACCUCAAAAAGGUAAAAAUAACAUCGCAAGCAUCUAUAAGGAUAAUCGAAAAGUCAAAAUGCAAAAACGGACGGAUAAAGAUUAUCAGACCUAUAUUAUCAAGGAACGUCGAGAAGAAAGCAGCGACGAAGCACCACCACUAAAGCUACCCAGAAUUGAAUUAAAAAGGUUCCGAGUAUCCUAUAUAGCCUUUUUGUAUUAGGUGCAAUUUCUACAAUUAGGGUUAAUAGGCAUUAUCGAACACAUUAAACAACCAUCGUAAAAUAGUUCAUGUCAAUAAGAUAGUAUUGAUGAGUAUAAUUACGUAAAAAUAGUUUUAGAUUAGUUCUCGUAGUAUUAGUGUAUUGUAGAAGUAAUGUAUGCAUUGUCCAUUUACAGGCUUGACGAUAAUUACGACCCCUUCGCUUGUGCUGCUAGGCAGAUGAAAGAGCUAAUGUCUUCAGACACAAAUAUUCC